AAACCCAAACAAAGUGGUGACAGAACAGUAAACUUCAUGCUUUCCUUUGCGAUUACGGAAAAUUAUACCACAUAAGAAGCGAAAUACGAGGUUUGUCAUGUUUCGGUGUCAUCUGUCUUUCUCGAGGCGCUGCUGCGGGAACACUGAUUGUGCAGCAUGGCAGAUGACUUCAGCGAGUCCCUCACACCACCAGUUUCCCCCUUCACAGCAGACAGUAUGUGUGAGUUGAUGGCAGCCCGACCGCCUUGCUUUUGCUGUUCUGAAACAAAGGAGGAUCCCGCUGGAGCACUCCCCACAGAGGGAUACACUGCUAGAGGCUCCCUCAAAAGGCUGCUGUUGCGUCUUGACCCGGCCCCUGCAGAGUAUGAGACAGACACUGUUGAGCUAUUUGGCUUCCCCUGGGUUACAGAGACAGCGCUUGUAGAAUCUACAAAGCUACUCUUUGGUCUUUUCAGACAAAAAGUUUAUAGGCUGGAGACCUUGGUUCAGUCAAGCUCACAUGACUUUGGUCAAGCAGGCAACCUCCACUAUGAAGCAGAGGAACUGAGACAGCAGUGUGUUUCAUUUCUUCAGUAUGUCAAAGUCUUCUUGCACAGGUACCUAGAACCAUCCAGCUUCCUAGACACAAGCCACCUUCACCCCUAUGAGGUGCUGGAGGCUCAGCUCCCCUCUGCUCUUCUGGAGGAGUUAUUCGGCAUCACCCUCCUGAUAGGACGACUCAAAGACCUGCCUUCCAAUGUUCAGAGUGCCUUCACUAUGUCUAACCAGGGAAAGAUUUUUCCUCCCUCUUGGCAUCUGCUACACCUUCAUCUUGACAUCCACUGGUCAGUCUUAGAGAUCCUUCACGUACUUGGCCACAAGAUGCAAGGCCAGGUGGUGUACGCCCACCAGUUUGUGAACCUGACGGGAGAAAAUCUGACUGAUACAAGCCUGUUUGAAGAGCACCUGUGCAGUCUGCUGUGUGACCUCACUGGUCUGGCUAUAGGCAAAUACAGCAAGGUGAGGCCUACGGAGGCACUGAGCAGCCAUCACUAUCUCUGCUGCUGCACCAAGGAGCUGUGGGUCCUGCUCAUGCACCUUCUGGAGCACAGGAAUAAAGUGUUGCACACGCAGUCUUUCUGGAGCUACAUGAACUUGUUGUUGAGGCCUCUGGUUUCUGGGAAGCCAGCAGCAGAGCAAUUCAGUGGCCUCCCCGUACACUGUAAGGACCCUCUGGGAUUCACAUGGUGGCUGGUCACUCAUUUAGCGAUGUUGGGCCAAUACAAUCGUAAUGGCACACUCCAGAAUGAGAAACAUCUGGGGGAUAACUGGACUUUUGUGGAGGAGCUGCUUAAGUUAACAUGCAACCCCAAGGGAAGUCUUGCCGAGGAGCAGGUCAGGAUGCAUGUCCACUGCUGUCUCAGUCUCUGUCUGCUGUGGGAGCCGAGCACCAGUGCAGUCUCCACCCUCUGGGAGUAUUACAGCAGGAAUCUGAGUGCUUCAUUCACUGUGCCCUGGCUUGGGAUGUCUGGCGUGGGCACUCUGUAUAAGACGCCUCAGGCUCUGCUGGAGCAGGCCCGAAACUGCUGCUCCCCUUUUCACCUCAGCUCUCCAGGACACACCCAGCUCUACCGUUCAGCCAACUCCUUCCACAUCUUCCUCCGAGUGCUGGCCCUGUGCCUUGCCCAGGACAGGGCUGGUGGAGUCCCACAGAGACAGAUCAAAGGAAGGAUUUAUUCCAAAUUCUCCUCAAAGAAGAUGCAGGAGCUGUCAGAGAUGGGCCUCAUGAACUUCUUGUUGCUGUUUCUGGUGGUGGCCAGGCAGGUGGAGCUGGAGGAUGUGGCGAGCAGGGCCUGUGAGCUGCUGGGCUUCCUGCCUACUAACUGCCCCCCUGGGCACCGCACACUGAUCUGGAGGGGACAGUUAUCGCUGCUGUUAUUGUUCCAGGAGAGGGGUCUGGAUGUUGGUGCACAGGCCAGCUGGCUGGCCUCGUCCUUUAAUGAAACAGCCAAAGAGUUCUACAACAAGACCACAGAGGUCUCUCGCAAACUUGCCCUCUGGGGACCCCUUGGCUCAUACCUGGAGGGUGUAGCUGAGGUGUUCGAGACAAGCCCCACUCUCAGCUUAUCGGAGGAAAAGCUUCUCAACGAAGGGUUUGAUUGGUUGUUGCCUGCUUGCCGCCUAUCAGAGCUCAGUUCUGCCCUGGGCUUCCUGCAGAUCGUCCUCACCCAGCUCAGACGGGUCCACCAGCGCAGUGUCCAGUCAGCACCCACCUCAGCUUGGGCUCCUGCUACCACCAGUGUGGUGAAAGAGCGCCACCUAGCGGUAGCAGCAGCACUCUGGGCGCACUUCUUCCCCUUCCUGCGCAGCCUACGCCUCUCUCAGACCCCUCCAGCACAGCUGGCAGAUGCUGCUGCAGGCUUCACCCUGUUGGCCUUUGAUCUGCCCAGCUCUGCCCCACAGGACCUUCAGCCCAGUCCAGUCCAGUCCAUCAUGCAAAGCUUCGGCUGGGACGAUAUGGUUCACCCACUUCUAGUGACUCGCUACCUUCCCCAUCUGCUCCAAAACAGUGAGCUAGUGUCCUCACUCAGCAGCGAUUCUUCUGUCAUCGUGUCCGGUUCAGCACAAAGUCUGUCAGUGAGGGCCUGGCUCCGCUGCAUUCUGCAGCAACACCUUCAUAAGAACCCAGAUGGAUCUGACAGCAAAACAGGCCGGGCUUUGGAGGAGCAGUUGUGUGAACUGACCCGUCUUGUGCUGAGGCUUCAUGAGGUGGACAGUUUGCUGCAGAGAGCAGGCCUCCAGCCUACAAGCACCAGGCUAGAGCCCACUUCAGUCCUGGAGAUGUUUGUGAAGGCUCUAGGCUGUGUGUACAGUGGGCUGCAGCUUUUGUCUGAGCGUUCAGCCAUGGUGACCAGAGCCCUGGACUACAUUGGUGACAUCCUCAAACAUAUCAAACCUUCCCUGGUCAACAAGAACCAAGAGGGAAUGCAGCUGGCCUACUGGGCUGUGGGUUGUAUAGUGAAGCACUGGAGCCCCCUGCUGGCCACGUCUAAAGCCCAGCAGCUGCUGUUUCGCAUUGUGGACGUGCUGCUGCUUCCCCACCACCUCACACAGCAGGACAAAGCAGUCAGGAACAGCCUGCCUCUGUAUCUACAGGGUCUGUCGGUGGCCUCCAGCGUGUCUCAGUCUCAGGGUGUCUACCUGAAGCAGCAGCUCCGCUCUGUCACUCGCAGAUAUCUGGACCAUUUCUUGCCCGCGUCACCUUCCAUGGGCAUCAUCACCAACCACCCAGUGCUUCUGAGCGCCUGCGAGGCCAACCCAACGAGCCGGGGAGCAGCACUGAGGAGGACCAUCCUGGAGGUGCUCUGUGAGAGUUUCCUGCAGUUUAAAGGUCACGCCCCUCCACCUCGGCUAGCGUCAGUCCUCAUGUUCCUCUCUGAGCUUCUGAGACGAAACGUUGACUCAGAUCCCGCCCUCCUCACUCUGCCCCUCCCCUCUCUGCUGCGCUGCAUCAUGCUGGUCAACGAACUGCAGGUGAGGAAGAUGAGCACAGAUGCCUUGCAGCUUGUGGUGGAGCGAUGUGCUGCUGCGUCUACAGAGGGACCGUGUGAGCAGAUGAUCACUGUCUUGCGGUCGUUUGUGGAGGAGAAUGAGGGAGUGUACGACAGGCAGGUGUACAGUGUCCUGGAGACGGUGGCUGUUUUAGAUCCCGCCGUGGUUCGAGCUCUCGUUCCAGACAUGUCUGUCAGCCUGAGAAACACUGAACACAAGAGAGGACUGGGCAAGAACAUCGCCUUGAGGAGUGCAUAUAGGAAGUUGCUGUGCCUCCUUGGGGAGAGUGGGCAGGCAGAAAUAACCAGUCUGGAAGCGGACUGAAGUUAAAAAAAAAAGAAAAACAAGGACCAGCUCCAGAACAUGUCGCCAGCUCCAAGAAUCACUUGUUAGUCAUUCCAGCCUUCUUUUUUUGGUGCCAAAUCACCAGAAAAGGGCAUUACAGUGCUGCCUUACAGGAGUAUCUUACAAAAUAUGAAGGUUUAGUGUCAAUUAGCUACAAUUAGUCAAUGAAUGGAUUAGGGGAUUGAAAGAAAUUGAUUAAUUGUUUCAGUCAUUUUUCAAGCAAAAAUGUCAAACAUUUUCUGGGUGCAGCUUCUUAAAUAUAAGAAUGUUCUACAUUUCUUGUCAGUUUUGACAUUAGAUGAAGUAUAUGCUUUUGGACCGAUUUGAAGAUAUCACAUUAUGUUCUGGGAAAUUGUGAUGACCAUUUUUCACACAGACUAAACAAUUUAAUACAUAAUGAAAAGAAUCGUUAGUUGCAGCCCUAAUGUUAUUAUCUGUGGUCGUUAUCUGCUGCUGUAGAAUGCUAGAAAGUCACAGCAUGGAUACAUGCAACUGUGAAUGUUUCAAAGCACCUCAUCAGCUCUACUUGACAUGUCUGACAUGAUCCAAUUAUCAGGUUGUACAUAAUGUACAUAUUGUAAAGAAAGCGCAGCCUUGCCUGUUUGGCAGACACUCUUAAUGAAAUAAAAUGUGACAAUAAAUAUGAAUAUGCUCAUGUA